GGAGGAGGAGGCGCAGCCGCUGCCCGAGCCGCAGCCGCAGCCGCAGCCGCAGCCGCAGCCGGAGUCGCAGCCGGAGUCGGAGCCCGAGCGGCGGCGCGGGCGCGAAGAUGCACACGACGCAGAAGGACACGACGUACACCAAGAUCUUCGUCGGGGGGCUGCCCUACCACACCACCGACGCCAGCCUGCGCAAGUACUUCGAGGUCUUCGGCGACAUCGAGGAGGCGGUGGUCAUCACCGACCGGCAGACGGGCAAGUCCCGGGGCUAUGGAUUUGUCACCAUGGCUGAUAGGGCAGCCGCGGAGCGAGCCUGCAAAGACCCCAACCCCAUCAUUGAUGGCAGGAAGGCCAACGUCAACCUGGCAUACCUGGGAGCCAAACCCAGAAUCAUGCAACCAGGUUUUGCCUUUGGUGUCCAACAAAUUCAUCCAGCUCUUAUACAAAGACCUUUCGGGAUCCCGGCGCACUACGUGUACCCGCAGGCGUUCGUGCAGCCCGGCGUGGUCAUCCCCCACGUGCAGCCCGCCGCGGCCGCCGCCUCCACCGCGCCGUACAUCGACUACACCGGGGCCGCCUACGCGCAGUACUCGGCCGCCGCCGCCGCCGCCGCCGCGGCCGCCGCCUACGACCAGUACCCGUACGCCGCGUCCCCGGCCGCCGCGGGCUACGUCACGGCGGGGGGCUACGGCUACGCGGUGCAGCAGCCCCUCGCCGCCGCCGCCCCCGGGACCGCCGCCGCCGCCGCCGCCGCCGCGGCCGCCGCCGCCGCCUUCGGCCAGUACCAACCCCAGCAGCUGCCCACCGACCGGAUGCAGUAGCGCUGCCCCGUGAUCCGAGUGGAGUUGUCGUUUCUCUCUCUGCCUCCCAGUUUUCCAAUUUUUCUUUUUUUUUAGUUGCUAAUCAGUUUAACAGCUUUAAGGAAAAAAAAUGCA